ACACAUUAUCACUGAGCAGCCAUGGGGACUACUUUGCUGUUUUGUGUUGUGGGGGCUUUUUUGAGUUGUCCAUCGCAUGCUGGCUGGACAGGAAGGGAGUUUGCCCUCUCAUUUUUGCAGAAUUAUUUACCAAACUACAGCAAUCCUCGUUAUCAGCUGUACAUCACAGCUGUUCAAGCCAACACCAAAGUUACUGUGCAAGUGCCUCCCCUGAAGUUCAAAGAAGAAAGAACCCUUGAAGCUGGGGAAAGGGUCACCAUCAGUAUUCCAACUGGCAUUGAGAUGUACAGCAGUGAAAAGUCCUGCAAAACUGUUCAGGUUGAAGCCUCAGCAGAUGUGUCUGUGACCUCUUUUAACUUCAAGCUGUACACAGCUGACACCUCAGUUAUAUAUCCAACCAGUGAAUGGGGGACAGAAUACUUCAUCUUCACUCCAACCAACGGCUACUAUGGCUCCAAAAAAGAGUUUGCUGUGACAAACGGAAAAGAAAAAAACCAGGUGGAGAUAUACCCUGAAGCAUCAAUUAUCUUUCAAAACCGUGUCUUUAGAAGAGGUGACAAAAUAACAAUAGACCUUGACCCAUACGAGAGCGUUCAGCUUCAGAGCAAUGGAGACUUGUCUGGUAGCAGGGUUUCCUCCAAUCAUCCAAUUGCUGUCUUUUCGGGACACACUUGCACCUUACGUUUUUCUAAAUGUAAUCAUGUUUAUGAGCAGCUUUUACCAGUGAGCAGUUGGGGAACCACCUUCAUCUUGUCGGCUCUAAGCUUCCAGAGUAAAUAUGACUCUGUUUAUCUCCUGGCCUCCCAAACAAGCCAUGUCACCAUUAACGAUGGUAAAAGUAACAAGGACUUUACUAUCUCCAGAGGCCAGACUAAGGAAAUAAAAUUAAGCAGCUCUGAAACACUUUUUAUUAAGUCUGAUCAUGGCAUCCAGGUCCUGCUGCUUUUUAAUGGUGUUUACCAUAGCUGGUGGCAACAAUACGAUCCAUUUUUGAUGACAGUUAUGUCUGUGGACCGCUUUUGCUCGUCCUACUCACUGGAAGCUCUUGAAAACUUUGAUAACAAGGCCCUGAUUGUAGCCAAAACCAGUGCAACAGCUAGACUUCUUUGGGACAAUGGAAAAUUACCAGAAGACAUACAAUGGAAGAAGGUUACCGGGACAGAUUUCUCUUCAGUAGAGAUCUCCUACAAAGAAAUUUCAGGCAACAGAAUCCAUACAGUUUCCAGCUCUGGUUCUAGCUUUGGGCUCUACAGCAUUGGUGUCAGUCACAUGAAUGGUUAUGGUUCUGCAGGACACUGUACAAAGGAUGGGCAAAAUUCAGACAAGGCCCCCUUGUCCUGCAGUAGCAUCACUUGCAGUGCGAAUCAAGUCUGCAAAAUGAGUGAUGGGCUUCCCUCCUGUGUGGCCGAACAAGUGAAACCACAUCUUGGUACCUGCUGGGCAAUGGGAGAUCCUCACUAUCGUACUUUUGAUGGACGGCACUUUGAUUUUAUGGGUACUUGCACGUAUGUCAUUGCUAAAAACUGUGAAAAGGACAGCAACCUCCCAGAAUUCGAAGUCCUUGCCCAGAAUGAGAACAGAGGAAGUCGCAGAGUCUCGUAUGUUGGCCUGGUGAUAGUUAAGGUCUAUGAUAUCACUAUUAUGGUAGCUCGGUCUGAAAGAGGUCGUGUGAGGAUUGACAACAACCUUUGGUCCUUGCCCAUAACCUUAAAUGACGGCAAACUGAAGGUGUUUCAGUGUGGCCGCUCUGCAGUUAUAGAGUCUGAUUUUGGCCUUACAGUGCGUUAUAACUGGGAUCACAAUCUUGUGGUCACUCUAUCAGACAGUUUUGCUGGUAAAACCUGUGGACUCUGUGGUAAUUUUAAUAGCAGCCCAGCGGAUGAUUUUACCACACCUUCAGGCACCCAGGCAAGUGGGAUUGUGGACUUUGGACGCAGCUGGAAGGUGCCUGGGUUAGGGACUGAUCCCAAAUGCAGAGACGACUGUGUGGGUGGGUGUGACAGCUGUAACAGCCAUUUGAUGAAGAAGUAUGGGUUUGACUCAUUUUGUGGGAUAAUUACCAAAAAGUCCGGUCCAUUUAGUAAGUGUCAUCCAGUCAUUGACCCACAGGCUUACAUGGACAAUUGUAUAUAUGAUCUAUGUAUGGGAGGUGGUCUUCGGCAGUUCCUUUGCAAAGCUCUUGAGUCGUAUACUGAAGCCUGUCAGGAUGUUGGAAUCCAGAUUCAAAAUUGGAGGAAGAUGGCAAAAUGCUAUGACAAAUGUCCAGCCAACAGUCACUAUGAGUUCUGUGGUAACGCCUGUCCAGCUACUUGUUCUGACCCUACCGCCCCAUCUAAAUGCAAACGUCCCUGUGUUGAGACCUGUACCUGCGAUAAUGGCUUUGUUUUAAGUGGAGACAAGUGUGUGCCUACUGCUAACUGUGGUUGCACCUAUGAGGGUCGCUAUGUUCCUGCUGGGGAAACAUUCUGGGCUGACCAGCACUGCAAGCGAAGUUGUAAAUGUGUUCCUGGGAGCAGACAAAUAGAGUGUCAUGAUACAGGCUGUGGGGCAGGGCAACAAUGCAAAGUGGUGAAUGGCAUAAGAAAAUGCCAAUCAGUGUCCUACAGUACCUGCCAUGCCACUGGUGAUCCACAUUAUGUAACCUUUGAUAAGAUGAGGUUUGACUUUCAGGGCACAUGUGUGUACCAACUUGCUGCAUUGUGCUCCAAGAAUCCAGAGUUGGUUCCCUUUGAAGUACUGGUGCAAAAUGAGCAUCGGGGCAGCAAAGUGGUUUCUUUUACUAAGUUAGUACAGAUUAAUGUGUACUCUACCAGAAUCAUCAUCACAAAGACACAAAAAGGCUUGAUUAUGAUAAAUGAUGAGCUAGUCAACCUCCCUGUUGACAUCAAUGACGGGCAGAUAUCUGUGCAUAAAAGUGGCUGGUAUGCCGUUCUCACCACAGAUUUUGGCCUAAAAGUCACUUUUAACUGGGGAAGUGCUGUAUUUGUUACAUUGCCAAGCAACUACAUGGGAGCUGUGUGUGGUCUAUGUGGCAACUAUAAUGGCAAACUCCAGGAUGAUCUGACACCAAAGGAUGGGAACAAACCAGUCAAGCCAGAAGACUUUGGUUCAAGCUGGCGAGUGGCUGAGAUUCCAGGCUGUGUUGAAGGCUGCAAAGGGGUCUGUCCAAACUGUGAUAUUACCCAGAAGGCAAAAUAUGAGAAGAAAGAAUUUUGUGGGAUAAUUGGAGACCCUGAAGGGCCAUUCCGUGAGUGUCAUGCCAAGGUAGAUCCAGGUGACUACUUGAAGGACUGUGUCUAUGAUGUAUGCCUGUAUAAAGGCAGGAAGGAUGUACUGUGUCAGGCUAUUACAUCAUACACAUCUGCAUGCCAAGGAGCUGGGGCUAAGGUGUACAGCUGGAGGACCAGUCAGUUCUGUGAGGUGCAAUGUCCCAAAAACAGCCACUUUGAAAUCUGUGCAACUGCGUGUCCUGCAACCUGCAGCAGUCUAGCUCCUCCUCAAGGCUGUGAGGAUUUUUGUGGGGAGGGUUGUGAAUGUGAUGAAGGUUAUAUCCUCAGUGGAAAUCGCUGUGUUCCCUUCUCGCAAUGUGGCUGCAUUCACAACAACCGCUACUACAGAAUAGGUGAAGUGUUUUACCCUAAUGGUCACUGUCAGGAGGAGUGCAAGUGUGCACAGGAUGGAGAGGUUGAGUGUGAAAAGUUCAAAUGUGGUCCUAAUGAGCAGUGCAAGCUUGAGAAUGGCGUACAAAAAUGUCAUCCAGUUGGUAAAGGUUUUUGCCGAGCUUCUGGUGAUCCCCACUACCUCUCUUUUGAUGGUCAGAAAUUUGACUUCCAAGGAACCUGCACAUAUAUUCUCUCUAAGAGCUGUGGUGUGGAGGGAACACAUCUAGAGGCCUUUUCAGUCCAGGUGGAGAAUGUGCAGUGGGACCGAAUGAGAGGAAAGAAAAAGGUUUCUGUCACCAGACUGGUUUCAUUGGAGGCCUAUGGCUUCACUCUCAUCAUGAGAAACAAAAUAUUUGGAGUGAUGAUAAAUGGGGAGUUUAACAACCUGCCUGUUAAUCUAAAAGAAGGAGCACUUAAGGUUUAUCAAGAGGGUAGAAAUUAUGUCAUUUCAACAAAUUUUGGACUGGUGGUCACAUACGACCUAGUCUACCAUGUGACAGUCACGGUACCCGGUAAUUAUCGUGGCAAAGUCUGUGGGCUGUGCGGCAACUUCAAUGGAGAUAAACAAGAUGACUUCCAGAUGUCCAACCAUCAAGUUACCAAUAAUGUCAACAUGUUUGGAAAAUCAUGGCAGAUCAACAUUCCCAAUGUGGUGUGUGAAAAUGGCUGUGAGGGGAAUAACUGUCCAAACUGUGAUACAGCUCACAAAGCUGUCUUUUCGAAGCCCACAUAUUGUGGUAUCAUUGCAGCAUCCAAAGGACCAUUUGCAGCCUGUCACAGUAAAAUUGACCCACAGCUCUACUUUGAUGACUGUGUGUUUGAUUUGUGUGCCUCUAACGGAGAAGAGAAUGUGCUUUGUGACAGCAUAGCAGCCUAUGCCUAUAACUGUCACUUGGCAGGAGUAGAUGUCGACUGGAGGACUCCAUCCUUUUGUCCCAUGAAAUGCCCGUCCAAUAGCCACUAUCGGGUGUGUGCUGAAACCUGCUCUGAUUCCUGUACCGGCCUUACGGAUAUUGUUGAGUGCCCCACUGGCUGUACUGAAGGUUGUGAAUGUGACACUGGUUUCCUGUUCAAUGGACAGACAUGUGUCAAUGAAACUGAAUGUGGUUGCUAUGACAAUGGAAAAACAUAUAAGCCUGGUGAAAUGUUCUAUGAAGAGGAUUGUAACACAAAGUGCACCUGUAAUCGGGCAACAGGCCUUGUCUGCGAGAAAUAUUCAUGUCCUAAAGACACCAAAUGCAUGGUCAGGAAAGGAAUCAGGGGAUGCUACAACACAGAUCCCUGUAAAGAUGCAAACUGUCGUGUCCAAGAAGCAUGUCGUGUUGAAAAGGGUGAGGCUGUGUGCAUCCCCAAGUUCACUGGCACCUGCUGGGCCUGGGGUGACCCCCACUACCACACUUUUGAUGGGUACAACUUUGACUUCCAGGGAACUUGCAAGUACGUUAUCUCUAAGACCUGUGGUAACCUAGACGGUCUUACUCCCUUCUCUAUAACUGAGAGGAAUGACAACCGAGGCAAUACUGCAGUUUCGUAUGUCAGGGAGGUUGAUGUGUUUGUGUAUGGGCACAACAUUACAAUUCGAAAGAACCAAGUUGGUAAAAUCACGGUAGAUGGUGAGCUGGUAAAUCUUCCUGUUCAGCUGGGUGAUGGUGAAGUCUCUGUAUUUCAAAGAGGGUGUAAUGCUGAGCUCCAGACAGAUUUUGGCCUGGUUGUCACCUAUGACUGGAACUGGCAUCUCAUCAUUAAGCUUCCAAGCAGCUACUAUGGCAGUGUCUGCGGCUUGUGUGGCAACUUUAAUGGCAACAAAGGGGAUGAACUUCGGGAUCCUACUGGCCAAGCUAUCUCCUCAGUGAUCGAAUGGGGAAAGAGUUGGCAAACACCUGACCAGGACAAGAAUUAUCCUUGCUGGAAUACAUGUGAAGAAAACUGUCCUACCUGUGGUGAUAAUGACAAAAAAAUCUACCAGACUCAAGCUUUUUGUGGGGCCCUCACAGCAGAGACAAAUAAUGUUUUCAAGAAUUGUAAUCAGAAAUUAGACCCUGAGGCAUUCAUGAAUAGCUGUGUGUAUGACAUGUGUUUAAAUAAAGGAGACAGAAAGAUGCUGUGCCAGGCACUGGACUCCUACAAUCAACAGUGUCGAGAGGAUGGAAUAAUAAUCAAGAACUGGAGAGAGAAGUUCGGCUGUCCCAUGAAUUGUCAACGCCACAGCCACUAUGAAGAGUGCGCCAGCCCAUGUCAGCCAUCCUGCCCAUUCCCUGAGGAAAAGCAGAUUUGUAGCAAAGUGUGCGUGGAGGCCUGUGUGUGUGACGUGGGUUACGUCCUCAGCGCUGGUGCUUGUGUGCCUGCUAAAACAUGCGGCUGCUCAUAUCAGGGCCGUUACUACAAGCCAGGACAGGAGUUCUGGGCCGAUGAGACUUGCGGUCGCCUGUGUGUGUGUGACACAACCCUUGGUAUGGUGACGUGCCGGGAAGCCUCGUGUUCUGCUAAUGAGAAAUGCACAGUAUUUGAGGGACAGCGUGCCUGCAGGCCUAUCAGCUACGCCACAUGCAGAGCGUCGGGUGACCCGCACUAUCGUACCUUCGAUGGCUACAAGUAUGAUUUCAUGGGGACAUGCGAGUAUCAGCUGGCUGGAGUGUGCUCUCAGCAGGCUGGGAUGGUGCCCUUCAAUGUGACUGUGCAGAAUGAAAACAGGGGAAGCAAGGCUGUGUCCUACACAAAGACUGUUAAGAUUUCCAUUUAUGGGGUUACUCUCACCAUAAGCAAAGAGUACCCCUACAAGGUCUUGUUGAAUGGGCAGCUUGCUUCACUGCCUCUGGAUUACAAUGAUGAGCUGGCUGUGUUUCAAAGUGGUCGUUCAGCUGUAGUGGAGACAGUGGCCGGAAUCACUGUGAGCUUUGACUGGAGGAGCAAAGUGACCAUCACUCUGCCCAGCACCUACCAGGGCGUGGUUUGUGGUCUGUGUGGAAACUAUAAUGGCACAGCUAAGGAUGACCUGGCCAUGCCUAAUGGACAGACUGCCCCUGAUGGUACCAGGCUAGGGGAGAGCUGGCAGGUGGGACUCGCACCCCAUUGCUCAUCUGUCUGCCAAGGGCCAUGGUGCCAGGUUUGUUCAGACUCACAGAGGAAAGUUUAUGAAGCUAACAAGUACUGUGGCAUAAUUGCUGACAAAGCAGGGCCUUUCAGAGAGUGUCACGGACACGUGGACCCCUCCUCCUACAUGGAGGACUGUGUUUAUGAUGUGUGUCAGUACCAUGGGCAUCAAAGCUCAGUUUGUGAUGCUGUGGAAGUGUACGCAUCGGAAUGUCAGAGCAGAGGAAUCACAAUCCACUCCUGGAGAACGAAUGAGUUUUGCCCAAUGAAGUGCCCUGCUAACAGCCAUUACAACCUGUGUGCCACGGGUUGCCCAGCCACCUGUGCUAGCUUAACCUCUUUCGCCACCUGCCACAGGCACUGUGCAGAAGCCUGCGAGUGUGACCAAGGCUUUCUGCUAAGUGGGGAAGCCUGCGUGCCUGUGAGAGAGUGUGGCUGCUCCUAUGAUGGUCAGUACUACAAGAAAGGGGAGGUGUUCUAUCCUGAGGACAAGUGCAUGGAGAAAUGCACCUGUGGAGAGAAUGGGGCUGUUACUUGCCAAAAAGAAAAAUGCAGUCAAGGAGAAGUCUGUAAGCUCCAAAAUGGAGUGAAAGGAUGCCAUCCUGAGGGAGAAGCAAAAUGUGUGGCUUCUGGGGACCCUCAUUACACAUCCUUUGAUGGUCAAAGGUUUGAUUUCCAGGGUACCUGCGUCUAUGUGCUGGCCAAAGUUUGCGAUGAUGACAAAGGUCGACUGAUACCAUUUGCUGUUACUCAGGGCAACGAGAAGUUUGGCAAUGGAAAGGUGGCUGUAACCAAGUCAGUUGCAGUGACAGUUUAUGAUUAUGUGAUAUACAUCCAGCAGCGUCUGCCAUGGAAAGUCAUUGUGAAUGGUGAAUUGCUCAACCUUCCUCUCUCAUUAAAUGACGGCCAUCUGACUGUGACCCAAGAGGGUCGCAACAUAGUGCUCCAGACAGCAUUUGGGCUGAAAGUUCUCUAUGACACCAUAUACUAUGUGGAGGUGGUUGUUCCCUCUACAUACCAAGAUAGGAUGUGCGGUCUCUGCGGCAACUAUAACACCAAUGGUAGAGACGACUUUAGACUUCCUGGUGGGAAACAAACAAAUGACAUUGAUGACUUUGGAAGGGCUUGGGCCGUGGACCUUCCUGGAUAUGUGUGUGGUGGCUGUGGAGGUCAGUGUCCAGCAUGCGAACCAGCCAAGGAAGCUCUGUAUAGAAAACCGGAUUCCUGUGGCAUCAUCAGUGCCGCUGACGGCCCUUUUAAAGCCUGCCACAGUAAAAUCGAUCCAGCUGUAUAUGUGUCAAAUUGUGUGUUUGAUGUGUGUGCAACUGAUGGAAACAAGGACACUCUGUGCGACAGCAUACAGGCCUACGCACUAGCCUGCCACAGUGAAGGAAUUCAAAUCCAGCCAUGGAGAAGCAAGUCCUUCUGCCCUGCUUCCUGCCCUCCUCACAGUCACUAUGAGGUGUGCGCUGAUACUUGCGAGAGGACAUGUGCUAGCUUCCUUCAACAAGUUAAGUGCUCUGAGAGAUGUUUUGAAGGAUGCCAGUGUGACGAAGGCUUUGUUUCUGAUGGCAUUCAAUGUGUUCCACUUGACAAGUGUGGGUGUGUGCACAAUGGCAGAUACCUGACGGUGGGUCAAGUUGUGGUGGAUAAAGAUUGCAGCUCCAACUGUGAGUGCCAGGCCUCUGGGCUGGUUACAUGCGAAAAGCUGUCCUGUACCAGCGGGGAGGUCUGUGAUGUCAGAGAUGGGGUCAGAGGUUGUCAUAUCAUACAGGGCCACUGCAAUGUCAGUCCAGUGGGCGAGCUGAGCUCCUUUGAUGGCAUGUCUGGAACAAUAGGAACACAAGGGGCUUUUGAGUUGGCCUCUAAUUGCGACGAGUCAAGCAAGCAGUGGUUCCGUGUGGUUGUGGACAUGAGAAUAUGCAGGGAACGGGGGCCUCUCGCUGUUGCCACUUUGUAUGUGUUCUUUCAAGACACCACUGUGGCAGUAAACGAUCAGCAUGAAACCUGGGUAAAUGGAAAGAAAGUGUCCCUGCCCAGCAACGUGACAAAUGAGCUAUCAGUCCAGAUCUCAGACAGGAGUGUUGUCAUUGAGAGGACCUCAGCUGUGCAGGUCACCUUUUCUAUUUCACAGAAGGUCACUAUCACUGUCGAUGGUAACCUUUCUGGUAAGAUUUGUGGUGCCUGUGGCGACUACAACAAUAACUCCAAGGAUGACAUGAAGACAGCAGAUGGGAAAUUUACAAGUGAUUUCUCAGUGUUUGUUAGCUCAUGGAGUGCUGGAGACUUCUCUAGAUGUGGCCUGUAAAGAAGCUGCUUCCUGGCUUAUAGAGAGGCCACUGGUACACAGGAAGAAGAUAGCUUCCUUUGUUUGCAGCUCUGAUUGCCAUACUUCACCACUUCCUCUUGAUUGCCAUUGUAGUUUUUGUUCUUUCCUCCACUUGCUCUUUCCUGUUAUUGAACUAAGCGGUUUAUGCUUGUCUAACAUCUCCAUCUAGUGGAACACAAAAUCACAGCAUCACUAUAACUGAUUUGGUAUACCUUCUAAUCUCUAUCCUGUGUCCUCCUAUCUGAUCACUGAAUAAAUGUACAAUUGA